AUGAUUCCGAUUCCCAAUGUUUACUGCCCUCUCUGUGGAGUUAUUUUGCUGCCCGACCCCUACAGUGAUGAUGAUCUAGCAUUUUCACACUCUCGCGUUCGACCUUGGUAUGCAGAAGUACGAGGUCUCUACUCAAUCAAUGCUACUGCUAGCCAUAUCACCACAACUGGGCUAGGGAUAGUACGCUACCGGAACAUUCUCUAUGCGCCUCUUGGCAGCGGUCAAUCCUAUGUCGACGUGGAUACUGAAGCGCUGGAGGAAUGGAGGCUUUUCGGAUCAUCUGUAAGUCGUUGGUGCUUCGGAUUCCACGACUCAUGUUGGAAAUUACUUCUCCUCAGGCUUGCUCGUGGACCGGGUGAUGCCAUGCAGAGUGAAGCGACUAUUUCAAAAUCGGUUUUUUAUCAGUUGUAUUGCACUCCUUGUAUCCAAGCAUCCAUCUUCCAUUUCGGCCACGACUAUGAGGGCGCUGCGCAAACACACAAGUCGUUUGGCCUACCACAGGCAGUGGAUUUGAGCUCAAAAUUCUAUGCUGACCCCUGUGCAAUUCCUUCCCCAAUGGACUUGGAAACAACCGCGCCAGAGUCCCGAAAGGUUUGUGAUACUUCGCUGUGGAACCUGCGAGAUAGUGCAAGCCCGUCAACUGCAACCGCGGCAGGCAUUGAUUGCCACAGCGAAGAGGACACCGCUGCAUCGGGUCCCUUUAGGCCUAAUGACAACUGCGAUUUGGUACCAUCCCCUGAUACUAUGACAAAACAAAUUUGCGAAAGUUCAAAGAGACCUCAACACUCCAUCUUUGAUGGACUCUCACUCGAGCUGAAAUUCGAGAUAUUUUCAUAUUUAUCCUUUGGUGAACUCCUCAACGUACGACUUGUAUGUCGAGAUCUAGCUCAACUUGCAGCCGUGGAUAUUCUCCCACGGUCGUACUGGCGAAGUAGGUUUCUCCUAGGCCAGGAAGCUGAUUUUCUUCUCCUGGAUGUUACGGACACGCAGGACUGGUACCUGCUUUUCUUUGGGACCAGGGCAUCGCUCACGAUAGGGACCUUGUCAUUGGUCAAUCGGAAGAGAAUCCGGCAGCUGCUGGAACCUAUUGCUGCCCUUGUGGACCUAGAUCCUGUUUUGAGAAAUGGUCCAUAUGGGUCUGCCGUCCAGCCGGCGCAAAACCAAUGCGAAUAUUAUCAGCUGAUCGAUGACCAGAGUGCUGAAACCCCACCUCGACUCAUAGAGGUGUCAACAAACUAUGGACGAACUGCUACUUUCGCUGCUCUUCAUCAUCGGCUCAACGCAGCUGUUGAGCUUAUACCAAUUUCACCGCCCAGCAACACCAUCACUGGAUUGGCUGCCUUUGAAAUGCAAUUCAUAAAGCAGAUACAGGCAGCAGCUACGCAGACACAGGUAACCCUAACUUGCUUUGAACGCGUCGGUAUUCAGUCCCAGCAGUGUGGCAUUCAACCUAGCAUACCAGAUAUUCUGGAUUGUGAAUGCCAUGAAAUACCCGACAACCAGUUGCGAUACGACGAAAAGUUCUCUCAUUUCAUAUACAGUAGAGAUUCCGAUGACUAUCAGACCUAUGCGUCACUCAAGAACGUCCGGAAAAUUCAUGCAUCUACGGGCAUACAAGGUCAAUCCAGAUCUCGAAGUCGCAUAUCCGGGUUGAAGCUCGAGUAUUAUGGCCAUCCAAGUCCUGGCAUCGUAGGACAAUGGAUGCAUCAACUCGAUGAUGGGUUUGAACUCUCCCAAGACGAAGAAGUCCAAUCCUUGACUAUCUGGCUCGUUCCAGUAGGCUUCUCUUCUGCGUCCCCGGGGUUGGAAAUAGGUCAAGUCGCAGCUAUACACAUUAAGACGACAAGUUCUCGCAGUGUGACGUUCCGCCCUCCGGACUUCCAGUCCAUCUCAUCCCAGAAGCUGCAAUGCCACCAGUAUCAGGGUGACUCCGACGAGAAACUCACAGCUAUCUCUUGGAUAUUGAACCUAUCCUCCGAACGCGUCCGAGCUGUCAUCUCUACGAAUGGAAGCCGCCCAAAAGCCGUCAUAUUGGUCCCCGAACAAGUACCUCCUUUUGACCAGGUACGGAAACUCUACUUUGAGAGGCGCAAUAAUAAGGGCUGUAGAGAGACUAUAGUCACAGCCGAGGCCUACUUCAAAGACCAGGCAAUAGUCGGACUAGUCUUCGUCUACAAUUCAGGUAAAACAGCGAGCACAGGUGAGCUCGAUACCGAGACGCGUCAAGCCGUUCAUUUUGCACCAGAUGCUCGGAUUGUUGGCUUGUCGGUUGCGGCCACAGAGCACAAGCUCGUGGAAAUCGAGUUCGAGGUUGAACGGAACGAGCAGCCGAGUUACGAGAAGCUUAGGCUUUCCGCUGACCUACCCCAUGAACUGGCCCGUACCAUUCAUUAUACCUGGCGGAAAAUUGGGUGUAAGGAUGAGGCGUCUGCUGACAACUACCCGAGGCCGUGGGAUGACCGAGUAUACGAGGCCCCGAGUGGGUCGAGGCUUAUUGGUAUCUACAUGCGCUGUCAGGAGUUCUGCUGUGUUGGGGCAUUAUACGAGCUAGACGUUUCUGAAUAG